UAGAGGAAGACUAGCAGGAUAGAAAACGCUACGUUUCAAUCCUCUCGUCUCUCUUCGUCUUCUCUUUUCUAUACACACUUUCUCCAAUCGCUUCCUGCAGAAAACCAACGAACAACAAUUCCACAUACGAAUACAGAGCUCCCUCAGAGAACCUAAACUCCUAUUCUCGCGAGUAUUGGGCACUCGCUAAUAUCUCUUAAACUCAAAUUUUAUUUAAUUCUGCAAUUGUUGUGCUUUUGGAUCCCGUUUACUGGUGCCUUUCAAUCCAAGAACGCAAAGACGCACCGAGGCUUUACUCGUUUUUUUUGCUUCGAAAUUAAACUCCAUUUGAGAGUAAUGCAUUUGGAUUUUUGCUGGUCAGGCUUUCAAAAUUAUAUGAGAGAGUUGAAGGUCUAUCAGGAGUAUCCAUCUGGUUGAUUUGUUUGGCACAUUACACAAGGUAAUAUGGCUCUCCGGAAGUAUAUUCCUUCAGCUGAUGCACCUUCUGUUGGUAUGAAGCCUUUGAAUUUUUUUAGUAAGGUGCAUGAGAAUGCUCAACAUGCAGAUCCAGAGACAACAGUGGAGCCUGAUGUGGAUGUUGACCUCAGAGAAGUUUAUUUCUUAAUUAUGCAUUUCCUUUCAGCUGGACCAUGUCAUAGAACAUAUGGACAAUUUUGGAAUGAACUUCUCGAACAUCAACUACUACCUAGAAGAUAUCAUGCUUGGUAUUCAAGGAAUGGAGAUGAAAAUGAUGAUGGUCUAUCAUUCCCAUUAAGUUACACUAAGUUGGUGGAAAGGUACCCGCACAUUGAGAAGGAUCACUUGGUAAAGCUUUUGAAGCAAUUAUUACUUAAUGCAGCCUCUAAAUCACAAGGCUUGAUUGGUGUAAAUGCUCUAAAUGCUGCUGUUGUUCCUACACUUAUGGGAACAGGAUCAUUUUCACUUUUGAGCAAUGAUAGAGAUGCGGAAAAAGCCCAAGUAAAUCAUCCCCCUCUUCAUAUGCGAUGGCCUCAUAUGCGCGCUGACCAGGUCCGUGGACUGGGUUUGAGAGAAAUUGGGGGUGGUUUUUCAAGACACCAUCGUGCACCAUCUGUCCGUGCAGCAUGCUACACUAUUGCAAAGCCUUCAACUAUGGUGCAAAAAAUGCAAAAUAUCAAGAGGCUAAGAGGACACCGGAAUGCUGUCUAUUGUGCUAUUUUUGAUCGCUCAGGGAGAUAUGUCAUUACAGGUUCAGAUGAUCGCCUUGUUAAAAUCUGGUCCAUGGAAACUGCAUUUUGCUUGGCCAGCUGUCGUGGACAUGAAGGUGACAUUACUGACUUGGCUGUGAGUUCAAACAAUGCCUUGGUGGCUUCUGCUUCAAAUGAUUGUAUAAUUCGAGUGUGGCGUUUGCCAGAUGGGCUUCCAAUAUCUAUUUUACGUGGACAUACUGGAGCUGUCACUGCCAUUGCGUUUAGUCCAAGGCCUGGAUCUGUAUACCAGCUUCUUUCAUCAUCUGAUGAUGGAACAUGUAGGAUCUGGGAUGCUAGAUAUUCCAACUUCAGUCCACGGAUAUAUAUUCCUAGGCCUUCAGAUUCAUUAGCUGGGAAGAACAGUGGUCUAUCCUCAAGUAGUGGUCUGCAGAGCCAUCAAAUAUUUUGUUGUGCAUUUAAUGCUAAUGGAACUGUGUUUGUCACUGGUAGCUCUGACAAUCUUGCUAGGGUAUGGAAUGCUUGUAAGCCAAACAGUGAUGAUUCGGACCAACCUAAUCAUGAGAUAGACGUGCUAUCCGGUCAUGAGAAUGACGUCAACUAUGUUCAGUUUAGUGGAUGUGCUGUGGCACCUAGGUUUUCUCUCACUGAUAGCUCAAAGGAAGAGAAUGCUCCAAAAUUUAGAAAUUCAUGGUUUUCUCACGACAACAUAGUUACCUGCUCUCGAGAUGGCAGUGCAAUUAUUUGGAUUCCAAGACCACGUAGAUCACAUGGGAAAGUAGGCCGUUGGACUCGACAUUACCACCUGAAAGUUCCUCCACCACCAAUGCCUCCCCAACCUCCCCGAGGAGGUCCGCGUCAAAGAAUUCUACCAACUCCUCGUGGUGUGAAUAUGAUCGUGUGGAGCUUGGAUAAUCGUUUUGUCCUGGCUGCUAUUAUGGAUUGUAGAAUUUGUGUUUGGAAUGCUGCUGAUGGUAGCAUAGUACAUUCUUUGACCGGCCACACUAAUUCUACAUAUGUUCUGGACGUUCAUCCUUUCAACCCACGGAUUGCUAUGAGUGCUGGCUAUGAUGGAAGAACAAUAGUGUGGGAUAUAUGGGAGGGCACACCCAUCCGGAUCUACGAGAUUUCCCGUUUCAAGUUAGUUGAUGGCAAGUUUUCACCGGAUGGGACAUCCAUUAUACUUUCAGAUGAUGUUGGUCAAUUAUAUAUAUUGAACACAGGCCAAGGUGAAUCCCAACAAGAUGCUAAAUAUGACCAGUUCUUCCUUGGUGAUUAUCGGCCCCUUAUGCAAGACACCUACGGAAACAUAAUUGACCAAGAAACUCAGCUUGUACCAUACCGACGAAAUAUGCAAGAUCUUCUUUGUGACUCGGGAAUGAAUCCCUAUCCAGAGCCUUAUCAGAGUAUGUACCAAAAGAGACGCUUAGGAGCUCUGAAUAUGGAGUGGAAGCCACCUUCUAUAAAACUCACUGUGGUGCCUGACUUCAGCUUAGACCCAGAUUUCCAAAUGUUGCCGUUGGCAGACUUGGAUGUUCUGGUUGAGCCACUGCCUGAGUUUGUAGAUGCAAUGGAUUGGGAGCCAGAAAAUGAAGUGCAAAGCGAAGAUUCAGAUUCAGAGUACAAUGUCCCUGAAGAGUAUUCUACUGGAGGUGAGCAAGGGAGUUUGAAUUCUAGCUCCUCUGUUGAUCGGGAGUGCAGUGCAGAAGACAGUGAAGUUGAGGGCAGGAAUGGUUUUCAUAGAUCUAAAAGGAAAAAAUCAAAGGCUGAAAUUGAGAUAAUGACUUCUUCAGGAAGGCGUGUUAAGAGGAGGAAUUUGGACGAAUGUGAUGGCAAUACAUUGAGAACUAACCGAACUAGGAAAUCAAGGAUUGGCUGUAAAGCUUCAAAAAGGAAGUCUUCUACAUCAAAGGGUUUUAGACCUCAAAGAGCUGCUGCCCGCAAUGCUCUUACAUUGUUUUCAAAAAUAACAGGAGCAGCUACAGAUGGAGAAGAUGAAGAUAGCUCAGAGGCCGAUUCAUCAGAAAGUGAAUCCUCACUGCAAAAUUCAGAUAUCCAGAGUGAUGAAUCAGAGAAAUCUUUGCAAAAUGAACGGAACAAGCAUUUGAAAGGGAAAGAAGUUCCAUUGGAAGAUAAUGAAGAUUUUGUUAAAUCUCAUGAACAAUCUCAUUUGAAUGCUGGAAACAGGGGAAAAUUGGUCCUCAAACUGCCAGUUCGGAAUUCAAACAAGUUUGUUGUGUCAGAGACUAAAACAACUAACCAUCAGAUUGAUGUAGGCCCAUCAUCCUGCAAGGCUCCAACAGAAGCCAGCAAUGUAAAUAGGGUUCAUAUUAGAUCAGUAGAUUUGGAACGCUCCUCUAGUUAUACAAAUGGCACCGCAGUGAAAGCGAAGGAAAGAGGACAAACAGAUAGCUAUAUGUCUGAAGGAUAUAGAAAUGAGGAUAUCAAAUGGGGAGGUGUUAAGGCUCGAACAUCUAAGCGUCAGAGAUUUGGAGAAGCCAUGUCAUCAGCUGCAUAUGCAAGAUUUGGUUUAUGUUUUAGUGAUCGCAGGGAGAGAGAGAGUAAUCUGAACGGACAUGUAAAAUCUCAGAAUACUUGUGGCACAUCCUCUUCUGCAGAAGUUCAAGAUUACGCAGCAGAUAACACAAAUGAAGUGGGAGCAACAGGUAGGGAAGAUACGGCAGCUGAUACAUCUGAUGUUGUGAAUACCAUGACCAACGGUAAAGAGCACCUGAACUUCAAUGAAUGCAUGGAUUCUGAUGAAUUGCCUAUGGUGGGUCACACUGCUAAUGGAAAUGACAGCUCUCUUGAAUUCAAAGAAAGCAAUAUACCCAUCUCAACAAAGUUAAGGAUAAAAUCAAGGAUGAUUUCAAGAGAGUCCUCAGAAAAUCAGGGAAAUGAGGGGUCUUGUAUAUUACCUGCCAGUCUUGCUGAAAACACAGAUACUCCAGUUUUAGAAGUGCCUAAAAAUGAAAGAACCAAUAGAACCACUCCAGUUAAUGAAGGCGAUGAAUUUCAGGAACCAAAUGCUCAAGUUGACAAAAUUUCCAUGCCCUUAUUGAAUGACACAAUUGGUUCCAAUACACAUCCAAAAAAGAUGUUCAAUGUUGUUUACCGAAGAUCAAAGUUGAGUAAAGAUAGAGCUAACUCAGAAGGUGAUAGUGGCACAAGAGAAGGUGUUUCACAUGCUAGUGCAGACGAACAAUACACUGGAUGUAUCUUGCAUGAAGACAUCACUGAUGGACCUCAUAGAACUGAUAUCACAGGUUCAAAGGCAACUACAGAUGAUCUUAUGAAUUGUAAUAUCAAGUUGGGACAGGAACAUGACUCUGAUGAUGUAUGUAGAAAUGCCGAUAAUGGCUCCAUAAGCAGCAGAUGUCAACUUCCUAGUGAAGAAUGGGGAUCAAGCUCAAGGAUGACAGUUGGAUUAAGAUCAUCUAGAAAUAGGAGAACUAGUUACCAUUUCCGUGAUGCAAGUCCAGUAGAUAGAAGAAAGGCAAAUCAAUCAGGAAAAAAAGUGUCGUGGCUAAUGUUGUCGAAGCAUGAGGAGGGUUCUCGUUAUAUUCCCCAGCAGGGGGAUGAAGUAGUAUAUUUUAGACAGGGGCAUCAGGAGUACAUAGACUACAUUGGAUCAAGGGAAACAGGCCCUUGGAAGUCUGUUAAGGGACAUAUAAGGGCAGUGGAAUUCUGUAAACUUGAAGCCCUCGAGUAUUCCACAUUACCAGGAUCUGGAGAUAGUUGCUGCAAAAUGACUCUUAAAUUUGUAGAUUCUACUUCUGACGUAUGCCAAAAAUCAUUUAAAUUAACUCUACCUGAAGUGACAGGGUUCCCAGAUUUUCUCGUUGAGAGAACUCGGUUUGAUGCUGCUAUGCGAAGAAAUUGGACAUGCAGGGAUAAAUGUAGAGUCUAUUGGAAAAAUGACGGUGAAGGAGAUGGUAGUUGGUGGGAAGGCCGGAUUCUUUCUGUAAAGGCUAAAACUUCUGAAUUUCCAGACAGUCCAUGGGAAAGGUAUACUAUUCAGUACAGGAGUGACCCCAGAGAAACACACCAACACAGUCCUUGGGAGCUUUUUGAUUUUGAUUCCCAAUGGGAGCAGCCUCAUAUUGAUGAUGAGAUCAGAAACAAGCUAAUAUCUGCCUUUGCCAAACUGGAGCAGUCAGGCAAUACAGAACAGGAUCGCUAUGGGAUUCAGAAGUUGAGGCAAGUAUCACAGAAGACUAAUUUUACAAACAGGUACCCCGUUCCUUUGUCUCUUGAAGUCAUCCAGUCAAGGUUGGAGAACUACUACUAUCGAACUUUGGAGGCGGUGAAACAUGACAUUGAAGUCAUGCUAACAAAUUCAGAAUCAUACUUUAUAAAGAACUUAGAGCUUUCCGGGAAAAUGAAACGGUUGUCAGGCUGGUUUAAAAAAACGUUAUCAUCCUUGUAGCCCCAAAAUUGAGUUUUGUAGAGGAUAGCAGCUGGCCCAUCUGGGUUUUUCCGUUUCUUUUCUUUAUCCUUUUUAUUCUGUAGAUAUGAUUUUACAUUUUUUUAAUUAGAAUUUAAUAUUUUUUUUUCCACAUGGUAUAUUCAUCAUUGUAUAGACAUGCUUAUCCGCAUCAUCAUUAAUAAUAACAAGAAAUACACAUGUCAAGCGUUUAGUCUCAA